UGUUUCUCUCACUAACUCCAUUUCUUUCUCUCUCCAAAACCCUCAUGCAUUCCUUUUCAUCAUUCCAAACCCAUAGAUGGUUCUCAGAUAUGGGAGACCACAUUGGGAUGGAGAGUGGUGUUGACCUAAUGCCUCAUUAUGAAGAAGUGGUGAUCGACGGUGGUGGUAGCGAAGAGAAGUAUCAGCGACAGCAUUGUGAUCAACGAUGGGAGAAGAGAAAGAAAGAGUACCCGCCACCGAUACAGUUGCACAUGCCGUGGGUGUUGAAGAGGUACUAUACAAGUGACGGACGACUGAUUAUUAGGGAAGAGAAAGUCAGGCAACGCCAGUAUUUUCGGGCGAAAAGGCUCGAUGGUCGCCUCACUCUCCAACUCAUUCAUCUCGUUGAGGACGACAACGAUGAUGAGGAUGAGAGAGAAGAUAAAAAUGGUGAAUCCGAGCAAUGCCAUGAAGAUGGUGGUGCUGAUGACAAAAGUAAAAAUCGGGUGGUUGAGGGAGAGUUUAUGGUAAAGUUGUCGUCGGAGUCGAGAAGGAUGGGGCGGGGGACAGUGGUGAUGGGUAGUGGACGUGGGGGCAAAGUACCAGUAUCAGUACCUGCAAUUUGGCUAUACGUAUUUAGCAGCAUUAUGGCCAUGUUGGAUAUAGUUUAUGAGGUUACUUAUACGUGUGUGGUGCAAUUUCUAUUCGCAGUUUAUAAGGCAGAAAUAAUUUGA